ACACAGGCUCUCAUUCAGUUUUGGCUUGAAGAGACGCAGCUACAUUUGGUUUGAGCUUUGAGUUUAAAGUGUCUUUUGUCUAUAAAAAAUGUCGGAGGCUUUGUUGCAGUGGUGUGUGGACCAGUUACACCACAAGUUUGGGCUGGAGGCUUGUGAAGACAUCGUGCAAUACAUUCUUACCAUCGAAAAUGCUGAAGAGAUUGAGGAGUAUGUUGGAGACCUCCUGCAGGGCACCGAUGGGAGAAAAGGGGAGUUCAUAAAAGACUUCCUCAGCAGAUGGAAGAAGACUCGAAUACAGGCUGCAGAUCCUGCAAGUCCUUUCCUUCUUAAGGAAUCUUUUUCAUCAGCAGAUUCACAAGAUAUGACCAAAGAUACCCAGAAGAAGUCGAAACGCAAGGGCCGUAACAAACAGGAGCUGCCGACUGUGAGUCAGACUGAGCCUGAGCCAGAGGCAGUCAAAACCCCCAUCGAUCUGAUGAGGGCCCAAGAAAGCAGCAACACUUCUUCAACAAAGAAGAAAAGUAAGUUUGUCAAUCUCUACGCUAAAGAGGGCCAAGACAAGCUGUCUAUCCUCCUCCCAGGUCGACAUGCCUGUGACUGCCUCGCCCAAAAGCACAAACUGAUCAACAACUGCAUCAGCUGUGGUCGCAUCGUGUGUGAGCAGGAGGGCUCAGGACCUUGCCUCUUCUGUGGAAGUCUGGUCUGCACAAGAGAGGAGCAGGAGAUUCUGCAACGAGACUCCAACAAAAGCCAGAAGCUAAGAAAGAAGCUUAUGGGAGACGGAGGAGAAAGAGACUAUCUCCCACACCAAGAGGCCAAGAUGAAGGCUGGCUUGGAGAAGGCUGUGCAGCACAAAGACAAACUGCUGGAAUAUGACAGGAACAGUGUGAGGAGAACGCAGGUCCUGGAUGAUGAGUCGGACUACUUUGCCACUGAUUCCAAUCAGUGGUUGUCACCUGGUGAGCGAGAGAAGCUGAGGAAAAAGGAAGAGGAGCUGAGAGAGCUUCGCCAUGCCUCGCGCAAGGACAGGAAGAUCACGUUGGAUUUUGCCGGCAGACAAGUGAUUGAUGAGGGAAACAACCUCAACGAGUACUACAACAAGUUGGAUGAGACCAUCAAGGCCAUGAACAGCGACUCAACGUCAAGAUCACCCAUGUUUUCUGGGAAACAAGGUGGAAGGCAGACCCUCAGAGAGCUGGUCAACCCCAACAUCAUGCAGUCUGCACCAGAGUGGGUGGAUGUUGGAGGCGGCGAAAGCUACAAGAGAAACACAAAGCAGGAAAAGAGCUCGGCGGAGGACAAGGGAGGAGAGGAACGUCACAAGCUGCGGCUCCAAGACAAAGAGCUGCAGGAGAUGUCUGACGGGGGCUGGUGCCUCAGCAUGCACCAACCGUGGGCCACACUGCUCGUCAAAGGCAUCAAGAGGGUUGAGGGGCGAACUUGGUACACAUCCCACCGGGGUCGCCUUUGGAUUGCUGCUGCAGCCAAGAAGCCCACUCCUCAGGAGAUAGCUGAGGUGGAAGCCAUGUACCGCCACAUCUACAGGAGAGAGCCCAGGUUUCCCAAAGACUAUCCCACUGGCUGCUUGUUGGGCUGCGUCAACAUGACCGACUGCCUGUCUCAGGAGCAGUUCAGAGAACAGUUCCCUGAUACCUGUGAGGAGUCUGCUUCCCCAUUCGUCUUCAUCUGUACCAACCCCCAGGAGCUGCUGGUGAAAUUCCCCAUGAAAGGGAAACACAAGAUCUGGAAGCUGGAGAGUCACUACCACCAGGGUGCCAAGAAGGGGCUGGUCCCGUCAGCUGCAGAGUGAUGUUAGGAGGAGACGCUGAGGAGGAAAAACAGGCUAAUCUCACGGGAACAUGGCACACAAUGUUUUCCAAAAAACAGCUUCGCCCUCCACUGGGUUGUCCUGACAUUUUAUCAGGAGUUAUCGACGCUGGCAUAUUACCAGUAUCAGCUCUGUCCUUGUUUAUAAUCAGUUGCAUUUGCAUUUCACAUCAGGAACACUGAUUAAAUGUAUGCAGUACAUGCACAUAUAAUUAACAUUUUGACAAAUUUCUACAUUCAGCUUUGUUUCUAUUUGAUUGUUUGAGGAAAUAAAAAACAGAUCAUUAA